AUGGCGUUUUCACGCGAUGAUUCUAUCCAGGCUGAGCUGGCUCUACGGCAAUCUCAGUCGCAUUCGCUCGACGAUUACGAUUCUAGCGAGUCUUUUGCCCUUCUCUCGGACGACUCCCAGGGAAUCGCUAGAGAGCAUGACAAAGAUAAGGGACAUCCAGAGAAAGCGCACCGGUCGCGAGAACUGGAAAAGGCUUCGGUCGAGCAGUCCAGGUCUCAAUUGGAACAUGUUGAAGAUGGCGCUGAAUACGAAAGCAUAUCGAGAGGAGAGGUAGACGACGCCCGAGUUCGUGACUAUAUCCGAGCCGAACACGAACUCACCCUGUUACAAGCCGUCAACAUGUACCCAAUGGCCAUAUUUUGGUGCCUAGUGGCGUCGGCUUGCGUCGUCAUGGAAGGAUACGACACUAUUCUGAUUGGAAACUUUUUUGCCUACCCUAUGUUUGCAGCCAAGUAUGGCCAGUUUAUUGAUACGCACGGUCAGCACCAGCUUACUGCAGCGUGGCAGGCAGCUCUGGGCAACAGCUCGAGCGUCGGCUGCUUCCUCGGUGUCUUUCUCAACGGCCACAUUGUCAAUCGGCUUGGACAGAAGCGCGUUUUGUUGGGGGCGCUGCUUGGCCUGUGUGGCACCGUGUGUUUUACAUUUUUCGCACCCAAUAUCGUGGUGUUGAUGAUUGGCGAGCUGCUGUGUGGCAUACCCUGGGGCAUAUUCGCGUCGUCAGCCCCGACAUACGCAUCUGAGGUUCUUCCUUUGUGCCUGCGACCGUACUUGACAUCCUACACAAACAUGUGCUUUAUCAUUGGGCAGCUCAUUGCGGCCGGCAUUCUCGCCGGCCUCGUGGACCGGACGGACGAGUGGUCCUUCCGCAUCCCUUUUGCAUUGCAAUGGGCCUGGCCUGCAGUCAUCACCCCAGUUCUCUUGCUUGCACCGGAAUCGCCAUGGCACCUUGUGCGCACCAGACAGUUGGACAAGGCCGAAGCAUCGCUAUGCCGAUUGCAGCGGCAGAGCACGGCUGGCUGCGAUAUCAACGCCAAAUCCACGCUUGCCCACAUCGUACAGACAAACGAGAUGGAGAAAAGGGUGACUCCAGGGACUAGCUACUGGGACUGUUUCCGUGGCAUCGAACGGCGCCGCACGGAAAUCGCGUGCAUGGCUUUUGCAGGCCAAGUGUUGGCAGGAUCGGCAUUCGCGUACAACUCGACAUAUUUCUUCCAGCAGGUCGGCUUGCAGGCGCACCAGACGUACAUCCUUAACACGGGCGGGACGGCUCUAGCUUUUGUUGGUACCCUUGUCAAUUGGUUUGCUCUGAUGCCCAGGUACGGCCGCCGACAAAUCUAUCUUUGGGGUAUAAUGUCGAUGACGGCCAUCCUUGUCAUAAUCGGCGUUCUCAAUAUCUGGCUAGAGGAAUCACGGGCAGUCGGUAUGAUCCAAGCCAUCCUCACGCUCACAUGGACGUUUGUCUUUCAAGUUUCAAUUGGCCAGCUGGGAUGGACGAUCCCAGCCGAGGUCAGUUCGACACGGCUGCGUCAGAAAACGGUGUGUCUUGCGCGCAACUCCUACUAUAUCGCGCAGAUAAGUGGCAAUGUGGUACAGCCAUAUUUUAUGAACCCGGAUCAGCUGAACCUGAAGGGAUAUGCCAGCUUCUUUUGGAGCGGCACGGCGCUCUUGACCUUCACAUGGGCUUUUUUCAGACUUCCAGAGACAAGAGGCCGAACAUACGAGGAACUUGACUGGUUAUUUGCAAAGAAAACACCGACUCGCAAGUUUGGCUCAGCACGCGUGCAUGUUAUCUUCAACCACGAACAUGGGACUGCCGACGAUUAUGGCGAAGGAAAUGAGGACGAGGAUGCACACGAGAUGGACGCAAUGGUGUACUAG